AUGCGGUUGGACGAUGCAUCUCUAGGCAUCCCGUGCCCCGCGCCCUUUGAGAUGACGACAAAGGACCUCCAAAUCUCCUUCGGCGCGGCCCGCACGCCCGUGAUCAUCUUUGUCGCGCUAUGCACGGUCCUCGGCCUGGUCGCCCUCAAAAAGGUGGGCGGCAAGGCGGAGAACUACUUUGUCGCGGGCCGCUCCCUCUCGCUGCCCGUGCUCGCCGCCACCCUAGCGGGGCAGACACCCCUCCUUCCCUCAUUCGCGCUCUUUACGUACCUUUGCGCGCUGCCCUCUUGCGCAGGGAACGUCGACCUCGCGUACAACUACCACUUCUGGGACGGCUUCGCCCUCCCCUUCGGCAUCGGCUGGUCGCUGGUCCUCGUCGGCAUCUUCUUCGCCAAGCCGCUCAACGACAUGAAGCUCCUCACGCUGCCGGACGUGUUUGGGCGCCGCUUCGGGCCCGCCUCCGAGGUUGCCUUUGGCGUCUUCGCCAUCGUCAGCUUCAUCUGCCUCUUCGGCUCCAACCUCGUGAUCGCGUACGUCUUUGGCCUCGGCUCACCGUACGCGGGCAUCUGCAUCGCCGGCUGCACCGUCUGGGUUUACACGGUCGCGGGCGGCAUGCUCUCGGUGGCUUACACCGACAUCGUGCAGGGCUGCUUCGGUUAUCUCGGCCUCCUCGUUGGCACCGCCUACGUCUACCACAACUUCCCUCGCGCGCCCGGUGUCUCUCCCGGCUACCCGCUCGGCGACAAGAACGCCAUCCCCGAGGGCAUGAGUGACCCGGAUUCGUACGACCCCAUCCCGAACGCAAUCUUCUUCAACUGGGUGACCAUCAUCGUCCUCGCCCUCGGCAACGUCGCCGCCAUCGACUUCCAGGCGCGCUCCACCACAGGCACGACGGCGCGACGCGGCUGCUUCAUCGCCGCCGCCCUCGUCUUCCUCAUCGGCGGCUUCACUUCCGCCAACGGCGGCGCCAUCCGCGCGCUCUACGGCCCGUCGUCGCCUCACGCCGAGUUUGUGGCCGACAGCUGCUCGCGGUACAUCACGGUGGUGGGCUGCUUUGGCUCGGACUCGUGCAACGCCGUGCCCUUGUCGGGCGUGCCCACUUGCGGCGAGUGGAAGCCGGACCCGUUCGCGCCGCUCAAGAUGAUCACCUGCACCAAGGACACAUGCAACUACUUUUUGGACUUCGACGGCAGCGGCGGCUUCGGCGCGGGCUCCGAGACGAACCAUCCCAUGAACGGGUGGAAGCUUCCGGCAGUCGACGCUGGCAUCGCCUGCGCCGUCCCCGACCAGACCGGCUACCUCCUCAUCGUUGCCUUCGACAUCAUGCUCGCGGGCUCGGUGAUCCCGCUCUUCGCGGCCGUCUACUGGCCGUCGUGCAAGCCCAUCGCCGCCUUCGCCUCAAUCAUGGCGGGCUCCUUCUCGAGGCUCAUCCUCGAGUUUGCGCUGCCCAAGGACCGGCUUCUCCUCCUCCUGGGCGACUACGCUCAGACGUACGGCGCCGGCAUCUACGACCCAAAUAUGCUCAAUAUUUUCCUCGGGAUAGCCGACGGCAACAUCGACGACGUCUGCCCGCAGAGCAAGCUCGCUGACUACUCUGGGGUCGACUCGCUGGUCGCUCCCGCCGUCUGCGGCGUCACUCUCAUCCUCUUCCAGCUCCUGCCGUGCGUGCCCACCGAGUCGAAGAGCUGGUGGUUCACGAAGGCGAGCGGAGCGACACACAGAGUGGAGCCUGUCGAAUUUGUCGAAGGGGGAGGCAAGACCACGGAGGCCGAGGCCGGCCGCGGCAUCGAGACCGAAGCCGCCUGA